GCUCAGAGCUCUACAAGGCGAUGGGACUCCCUCGCAACGCCCUCGCAAAGACAUCCCGACGAUUACACGCUCAAGCCGUCAAGAACGCACGGACAUACACCUCUGAUGCACCACCGCCACCCCCAAAGUCGCACCCGUACACAUUUCACGUCGGCGUUGGCUAUGCUGGUAAACCUCCAGACCGCAUAAAGCGGCGCUUUGCGGCUUUUCCGUCGGGACAUCCAAUUGCCACAUGGAGGGACGAGAUGUUGGCCUUACCUUGGGAGAAGGGUUACGGACCUAGUAAUAAUGCACGCAAUCGGGAUGCUGGCGAAGACUUCUUCUAUGUACAGCAGAUGCGCGAGCAAUCGGGCCUCUCGGUUGGCGUAGCCGACGGCGUGGGCGGUUGGGUUGACUCUGGCGUAGAUCCAUCGCUCUUCUCGCAAGCGCUCAUGUUCCACUCUGCGCGUUACGCGCGAUCAGCGUGGGCGGGUGAACCCGAGAUAGACCCCACAACAGGAUAUGAAGAUCGUGAAGAGGUUGAGGGAUGGGAGAUGGCGCCUGGCGAGUGCUUGAGCGCGGCAUAUGGUGCUGUCUUACGUGAAAGGGCUGUACUGGCUGGUUCGAGUACGGCCUGCUUGUUAAACUUCAAUGCGUCUUCUGGACUCCUACGCUCUGCCAACCUCGGCGAUAGCGGUUUCCUCAUCAUCCGAUCAUCUGCAGUCUUCUACAAGCAGCAACCGCAAACACACUACUUCAAUUGCCCAAAACAGUUGACCAAAAUGCCCAACAACACAAAUAUGUCUCAGGCUGGGAAUUAUAUCGACCAACCUGAAGAUGCGGCAUUGUUUGAGACCAAACUUCGCGACGGGGAUCUCAUCAUCGCCUACACAGACGGUCUGUCUGACAACGUCUUCCCGUCCGAGAUCGCGCAUAUCUGCGCGCUCGUGGGCAAGACGAGUACGUCGGAGGCGGAGCACGUCCAGGCGGUUGCGAAUCGGAUAGUAGCGUACGCCCAAGGUUGCAUGGUCAAGCAGGGGAGGGUUAGCCCCUUCGAACAGGCCGCGGCCCGAAACGGGAAGUGGUUCCGGGGAGGGAAGCUGGAUGAUAUCACGGUCAUAGUGACGCUCGUUCGAGAAACAAUUUGA